GAGAAGAUUUGAAAAAUGAGUGAAGCAGAGAUUGAGUUGAUUCCUAAUCUACCUGAAGAAAUCGGCCUGGAGUGCCUGAUUCGGUUACCCUACACGGAACACAGAGUUGCAGCCCGAGUCUGCCGACGAUGGCGAGAGUUGCUCGAAAGCCGGGGCUUCUACUAUCAGAGAAAGCAGACGGGGUACACCCACAAGGUGGCUUGUUUAGUUCAGUCACUUCCUGUGAAAACCGCCGGUGGUGGGCGGAAACCGGCGGGAGCGCCCUUUUAUGGAAUCACCGUCUUCGAUCCGGUGAGUGGGACUUGGGAGCGACUCCACCCGGUCCCUAACUAUCCUGACGGGCUCCCGUUGUUCUGUCAGUUAUCGAGCGUGGAGGGGAAACUCGUCCUCAUGGGCGGGUGGAACCCGGUGAGUUGGGAACCCGUGAAGGACGUAUUCGUCUUCGAUUUCACGAUCCGGCAAUGGAGACGAGGAAAGGACAUGCCCUCGAAGCGGUCGUUCUUUGCCUCCGGCUCGUUGGACGGAAAAAUCUUUGUUGCCGGUGGGCACGACGAGAACAAGAACGCGUUGAAAUCGGCGUGGUCUUACGAUGUGAGACGGGACGAGUGGGAAGAACUGAGUCAGAUGACUGAGGAGCGGGAUGAAUGCGAAGGAGUGAUCAUAGGGAACGAGUUCUGGGUGGUGAGCGGCUACAGUACGGAGAACCAAGGGAGGUUCGAGAGUAGCGCAGAGUGUUAUGAACUUGAAACAGGUCGAUGGAGGCGAGUCGAGGGAGCGUGGCCAGCGGGUCGGUGCCCGAGGGUGUGCGUGGGUGUGGAGAAAGAAAAAGAUGGGAAGUUGUUUUGCUGGGCCGAAUCCGACUCGGCGAUUCGGGUUGGAGCUUGUGGGGUGGGGUUGGGCGAGCGGACCCUCGUCACCGGGUCACCGUACAUGGGGGCACCUCAGGGAGUGUUUUUAGUGGAGGCGAAGAAAGGACAAAAUGGUAAAUUGGAGAAGAUUGAUGCACCAGAUGAGUUCUCAGGUUUUGUUCAGUCAGGUUGCUGUGUGGAGAUUUGAAAGAGGAUGAAGGGUAAAAUUGUAAUGUGGCUAUCUGUAAUUUACCGAUACCCUUAUAUUAUAUAUAAAUACAUAAUUCU